AUGUCUUUCCGCCAGGGAGACAUUGGAGCUGUGAUAGCGGUCAUAACGGGUCAUUUUUGUCUUAUUGGUAACCCAAAAGGAAAGGCCGCCAUGCAAACGAUCUCUGCUGAAGCUGCUUUGACGAGAAGAUUGCUUGGGUCAUUUUUACGGACUUCGAAUCUGGGGAAUAGUAAAUCAAAAUCAAAAUCAUCCUUGUCUACUACAACGGCAAGAAGUUCUAAUAAUAUUGAGGAAAAAAAAAUUAACCGUUCUGAUGAUGGUUCUAGUAAUACUUUGGAAUCGGAUGAUAGUUCUUCCAAUAUGAAAAAGCAGACAUCAUCUAGUACAGAAGAAAAUUCAUUAGAAGAUUCUAAUUUAAGAAAGAAUAAAGUUAAAAAACGAUUACAUAAAAAAAGAAGUCGUGAUAUUACUUACCAAAGUGAAAAUGAAUCGUUAGAGAAAAAAUUAUUAGAAAAAUCAAUUAAGAAAAAGCAUAAAAAAUCGAAAAGAGGGAGUCAAAAUGAUCAAUUUUCUUUAGUUGUAACACCAGUUUCAACUAGUGCACUUAAAUUUAAUAAAAAAAUCAGGAAACCUCAAAUUCGAAUAACAAUAUAUGAUGCUCUUUCCGGCAAAAAUUUAAGUAAAACUGAUGAAAAAGAUGAUGAUAAAAACUUACAGUAUGGAAAUUAUUUUUUAACUGAAUAUGGAAAAAUCGUUAAUUUUAAUAGCUUUUCUUUUUCCUGGAAUCCAAAAAACUCAACUGUGAUAUUAGAUAAAGAGAUAAACUAUAUGCAACAACAUUAUAAUAUAAUAAUAUUUUUUGAAAUAAUUGAUAAUUCAAAUACUAUAACAUCAACUGAAAAUUCAUAUAAUAUAGCAUGGUUUUAUGAUGAAUGGACAAAACGUAAACGUAAAGAGUAUCCUGGUGUAUUAAAUAUAAAAUUUGAUUGUCAAAGAAUUCAUGAAGGCAUCAAAGGUAGUGAUUCAAGAAAAAAUUCAUAUCAAAAUAUUUUUAAAGAAUUAAAUAAAUUAUCAAUUGAAAAUUCAAAUGACACUGAUUUUGUAAAUGAUGAUAUGAAUUUAAACCAGAUAUCAAAACUAAAUGAAAGUCAUAAAUUUAUAAUACCAGAAAAAAUGAUAUUUAAAUCGAAUUUCAUCAGUAAUUCAAAAGGUAGUUCGUCUUGUGCUCUUAAUUCUCACUGUGAUUUGUUAGCAUAUACGGUGUUAUAUAACAGGAAGCCAUCUGAUAUUGUACUGUUGGAUAUUUUAGCCAUGAAAAUUAAAUAUAUUCUUAAAGGACAUGAAGGUUUUAUACAUUACCUUGAAUGGUCUAACAGACAAUUUGAUGAUAUUGGUGAAAUAUUAUUGUCAUGUAGUGAAGAUCAGACCUGUAUAUUAUGGAAAAUUUUUGAAAAAUCCUAUGAAAUUAUACAUGUGUUAUUUCAUCCAACAUUUGUCUAUUGUGGAACAUUUUUAAUACAAAAUUUUACAACUCUUGGGGGUAUUAUUACUGGAGGACGUGAUCAUGUGCUACGUAUAUGGAAAAAUGAACAUGAACUAAAUAGUUUAAUAUUAAUUCAAGAACUAAAUCAUCAUAAGGAAUUAAUUAUCAGUGUUGCAUAUGUAUUUCAAUCAAAUAAAAUAUAUAGUGCUGAUAAAUCUGGUGUAGUCAUUGAGUGGAAAUUAGGCAAUUCUAAUAAAUUUAAAUGGUCAUUGAGAAAAAUCACACCACUAAACAGUAAUAUUAAACAAUUCUUACAACAUUCAUUCUUAAAUAGAAUAUACAUUUUAUCAGAAAAUUUUUUAUCAUCAUUUGAAAUUCGUUCUGGAAUUCAACAAAUUUAUUUAAAACAAUAUAAUGAUGAUGAUCCUGAUGCUACAGACAUUUCCGAAAGCUUAAAUAGCGAUAAAUAA